UAUAAAUUUUUGAUACGUGACGAACGAUGGAUCAUCAAAUGUUCAAAAUAUACAAUCAGGAAGACUUCAAUAGGAUCACAAGGGGUAUCAAAGUUGCACAAUGCAUGCAAUCGCGGUCGUCAUCCGUUUCAGAAACUGAAAAAGUACUGAGUCAACUCGACGAGUUAGUUGUAUCAGAUUCAUUGAGCUGUUCAUUUUGCAAUACUUUAUUUGAAAAUAAAGCACAGCAGAGACUUCAUUAUAAAUUAGAUUGGCACAGAUAUAAUUUAAAGCGGCGCUUGAACGGAUUGAAACCUGUUAAUGAGGAUAAAUUUAAUCUCUUAGCUGAUGAAGGUGAUGUUUCAAGCUUGUCUGGGAGUGAUAUAGAGUCUGAUAAUGAAGAUGACAUCGAUGUCUCUGAUGCGGGAGGUUCAGCUAAUGGACAUUAUGAGAGUAAAAACAGUAUUAGCAAGAAUAAAAAAGUAGAGAAAAAAGGAAGGGGUGUAGAAUCAAUUUCCGACAGCUCUGAUACAGAAUGUUCUGACGAAACUGUAAAAGAGAAGAAACUUGAAGCAUUAUUGGCUAUAGCAAGUCGUCAUUCCAAAGUUUUCUUUGAGAAUGACGAUGGAUAUAUAUUUAGUAUAUAUAGGUGUUUGCUACAUAAUAAGAAGGAAAUUCCUGAGGUAGACAAUGAGAUGAUCACUCAAGCAUUAGACAGUGGGAGAAAGACGACAUGGACUGUUAUCAUGAUUGGUGGUGGACACUUUGCUGCAGCUGUGUUUCAAGAUGGCGAAUCUGUAGUACACAAAACAUUUCAUUCCUACACUGUGAGGGCAAAGCAAGGAUUUGCCCAAACUUCACGUACAACAACUAAUCAUGCAAAGAGCGUUGGAGCUAGCUUGCGUCGUUAUAACGCAGCAUCUCUACUUCAGCAUGUACAAGAUAUACUUGAAUCAUGGUCAGCUCAAAUUAGUAAUUCUUCCUUGAUUCUGUACAGAGCGGUUGGACCAUACAAUCGCAGUGUAUUGUUUGGAGGGAAGAAUCCUCCUUUAGAUAAAAACGACUUGAGACUUAGACCAUUGCCGUUUCCUACUCGCAGAGCAACGUUCAGCGAAGUUAAGAGAGUGUAUGAUAUAUUGAGCACCAUGGAAAUUUAUGGUUCGGCGGCUGACUUUACAGACUCUUUUCCUAUUUCACCGCGUCAGCCGCUUAGGAAAAGAGUUUCAAAAGUAGAUAUGCUUAUUGAAGAAGUGACGAAUGAAGAAGAAAAUAACGAGUGCGAUUCUAAUACUGCCAGUAAUGUACGUAAUCCUCAAGAUAACGAUAAAAGCAAGACUCCCGCACAAAAUUCUCCAGAAAGGCAACAUAAAAAUUCCCGAUCUCACAUAGAUAGGGCGAAACCAAGAAAGAGUCCAUGUAGACCUUUACCUGAUAUUGUCGCCAAGUUAGCACAGUCAUCUUCCGAGUCAGAACUAGACAGCCAAUUAGGUAACCCCAAUAUCCCACUGGAUAGUUGUCUGAUUGAGCAGGAAUUAGAAGUAGACUUUCGUGAAAAUUUACUUGCUUUUCAAGACACUGUGCCUAGAUAUAUGAAAAACAAGAAGUUCCGCCGACAAAGGAAGAGACCGAAGAAAGAUGACAACACAAUGAAUGAAAUCUUAGCUAAUGCUAAAACAAAAUUAUGGUCUGCGUGUAAAUUGGGUGACAAUGAAUUAUUGUCGACUUGUAUCGGUACUUUAUUAUCAGAAGUAGAAAAGGUUACGGAAAUGGAGGAACAGAUUGCAGAAGAAGCAGCUGCUGAAGACAACGCAAUUAUAAGUACGGAGGAUAUAACAAAAUUAGUGAACGAUUUUAACGAGGACGGAAAUACGAUGUUGCAUUUGGCGGCUAUUGGUGGACAUCUAAAGCUAGUGUGGCAAUUAUUGGAGAUUGGGUCGGAUCCAUGCAAUAAAAAUAAGAAGCUGCAAACACCAUACGCGGCUGCAAACGAUAAGGAAACAAGAAAUACUUUUAGGAGGUUCAUGGGUGCCAAUCCUGAUAAGUUCAAUUACUCUAAGUCUCAAAUACCCGGACCACUUACUGACGAAAUAGAACAAGGAGAAUUAGAAAGGAAGAGACAACAGAGAAAAGUGAAGCGAGAAAAAGAGAGAGUGAAGAAAAAAGAAUUUGAGCUUAAGAAGCAAGAGGAAGACGCGAAACAAAGAUUCCUUAGUCUCAGUGAUCGAGAAAAGAGAGCAUUAGCUGCCGAGCAGCGUAUUCUAAAGCAGGGCUGUACGAUGAUUUCACGAUGUUUCCAAUGUGCUGUGAAUAUGGCUGGUCAGGUGCCAUUCGAGUAUAAUUUCAAUCGCUUCUGCUCCAUGCCGUGCUUAAAGGAGCAUCGUCUUCGCAACAAAGUUGCUACUUGAUGGCAUGUUUAUCUUUAACACCACGAUUGUCUUAUAACUUUGCCAGCUAGCCUGAUCUGUCCAUUGUGUACAAAUUGUGUUAGCUGUGUAAUUUUUACGAGUUUAGAUAUAAUUGUACAAGUCGAUAAAAUAACUUCGCAGAAUAAUCAAAUCGGUAAUAUUGGUAAUGAAAUAUAUGCACUUCAAAGAAUCCUGCAGAACAAGAAUAUCUUAAUAUAUCAUCACUUUCGUUUCCGUUGUUGUUUCUGACUGUGAAGGAAACUGAGAUGCAGGUACUAUUUCGGUUUUAAAUGAAAAACUAAU